AUGGCAACCACCAACCCCCAUCCGCACAACAACGACCCGGACAGGCUCCUAUUUGCCUACUGGGUGCCCAACGUAUCGGGCGGGCUCGUCAUCUCCAAGAUCCCGCAGCGCACCUCAUGGGACCUGCAGUCCAACCUGCGGUACGCGCGCGCGGCCGAGGCGGCCGGCUUCGAGUACGCGCUCACCCAGAUCCGCUUCACCGCGUCCUACGGCGCGUCUGACCAACACGAAUCCGUCUCCUUCUCCCAGGCCCUGCUCCAAGGCACGUCGACCCUCCGCGUCAUCGCGGCGAUUCUGCCCGGCCCGUGGGCGCCCGCGGUGGUGGCCAAACAGAUCGCCAGCAUCGACCACUACAGCGGGGGCCGCAUCGCCGUGAACAUCGUGUCGGGCUGGUUCAAGGGCGAGUUCACGGCGAUCGGGGAGUGGUGGCUGGACCACGCGGAGCGGUACCGGCGGUCGGCCGAGUUCAUGCGCUGUCUGCGUGGGAUCUGGACGGCGCCCGCGGAGGAGGGGUUCACGUUCGGGGGCGACUUUUAUCGGUUCCGCGGGUAUAAGUUGAGUCCGAAGCCAGUGCAGAGGCCGCAUCCGGAGAUUUUUCAGGGGGGGAAUAGUGAUGAUGCGAGGGAGAAUGGGGCGCAGGUGGCGGAUUGGUAUUUUAUGAAUGGGAAUGAUUUGGAGGGGUUUCGGACGCAGAUUGAGGAUGUGAAGAGUCGGGCGAGGGCGGCGGGGAGGGAGAGGUUGGUGAGGUUUGCGGUCAAUGGGUUUGUGAUUGUGCGGGAGACCGAGGAGGAGGCGGUCAGGGUGCUGCAGGAGAUUCAGGGGAAGGCAGAUGCCCAGGCGGUGGAGGCGUUUGCCGGGGAGGUGAAGAAUGCCGGGGCGAGCACGGCGAACAAGACGGGCAUGUGGGCCACCAGCACGUUCAACGACCUGGUGCAGUAUAAUGAUGGCUUCAAGACCAAGUUGAUUGGGACCAAGGAGCAGGUUGCUGAGCGGAUCGUACUACUCAAGAGCCUCGGCGUCAACCAGGUGCUCACGGCGUUCUUGCACUAUGAGGAGGAGGUCGAGCAGUUCGGUAGGGAGGUACUGCCGUUGGUCCGCCAGCUCGAGGCUCAGGGAAGAGGCAAGGAUGCGGCGUUCGAGAUUGAGCGGACCGGCGACGUGUAUAGGAAGCGGAGCUCGUAG